GGGAACUUUGUUUUGUGCUCUGACUCCAUUGACCGCGUGCGAAUCUGCUGCACCUUAAACUUCACAGAGAAAAGAAAAGCCCAGAGCUUUAGAUCAAUAACCCAGACAUUGCAAAAUGGAGGUGAGCAACACAAAGCAGCAGCACCAAAGCGCUUCUAUCAGUCUCACGAAACCAGUUCGUUGCAUCGUCAAACUCGGAGGUGCAGCAAUUACUUGCAAGAAUGAAUUAGAGACCAUAAAUGAAGAAAAUCUGAAGACGGUUUCCUCGCAGCUGAGGCAAUCAAUGACCACGGGGUCGAAUUCUGGGGAGGUUCUUGGGAUGGAUUGGAGCAAGCAACCUGGAGAAUCAGAAAUUUCAUCUACCCUAAGUGAUUUUGAAGAUCGGCCGGUUGUGGAUUCCAGCCCUUUUAUAGUUGUUCACGGAGCAGGUUCUUUUGGGCAUUUUCAAGCUAGUAAAUCUGGGGUCCAUAAAGGUGGACUGUACCAACCCCUUGUGAAGGCUGGUUUUGUUGCCACACGCAUCUCUGUUACAAAGCUCAAUCUUGAAAUUGUUAGAGCGCUAGCUAGGGAGGGUAUUCCUUCCAUAGGAAUGUCUCCAUUUUCAUGUGGAUGGUCAACCCGUGAAAGAAAUAUAGCUUCAGCUGAUUUAUCUGCAGUGGCUAAGGCUAUUGAAUCUGGUUUAGUACCUGUUUUGCAUGGAGAUGCCGUGCUCGAUGACUUACUGGACUGUACCAUCUUGAGUGGAGAUGCCAUCAUCAGUCAUCUUGCAGCCCACUUGAAGCCUGAAUAUGUUGUUUUUCUCACUGAUGUUUCGGGAGUUUAUGAUCGUCCACCAUCAGAUCCAAAUGCAGUACUCUUGAGAGAAAUUGCUGUGGCUAAAGAUGGGAGCUGGUCGAUCGAGAAGCCAACAUUUCAGAACAAGAACAAGCAAGUUGAAACAAGUGUAGCAGCCCAUGAUACAACCGGUGGAAUGCUGACCAAGAUAUCUGAAGCUGCAGCGAUUGCGAAACUCGGAAUCGAUGUAUAUAUUGUAAAGCUGGGUACAGGCAGCUACGAGCCAUGCAUUUAAGGCCUUUAGUGGAGAAUUGAAAGGCAACCUUCCUGAAGACUGGCUUGGAACCGCAAUCCGGUUUUCCAAUAAAUGAAUUACGAUGGAUCUAACAGAGGAGGCAGAGAUAUGGAGAGGGGGAGCAACGAAAUGGGAAUAGGGAAGUUUUUCUCCUCACAGAGGUUUUGAAAGUCAGCAUUUGGAAAAGACCAAUAAAGGCAUCUGGAGAAGACGUAAACAAACAGGAUGAAUUGUCACAACACAAGAUCAGAAAACUGAUUGUUAGACAUUAGAAUAAACUUAUCAUGUUCUACAACCGGCGUGAAACUCAUUUUUUAUGUGAGAAAAUAUGUACGGAUAGAAAACGCAUUAUUGUUGUUAUUAACAACUAUGGCUCCUUAGUCAUUUAGCCAACUCUCAAA